AUGUACCCAACGAGACAACUUGGGACUGGUGGAGAGUCACUGGUGUUACAGAAUGUAGAAACUGCAUCCGACGGAAGACUGAUCGAAACUAGGAAGCGAUUAAUCGACUUCGAGACUAUGUUCCUCCACCAACAGCUUACAACGAUGUUCCGCUUUCUAGACGAGCAGCAGUAUUAUUGUUGCUAUGCAGGAGAUGCGGCUUUACCAGGAGGCCGAGCAGAUACACUUUCAGAGACACCGUUCCAGACCGCACGCCGCGAAGCAUGGGAGGAAAUCGGUCUCCCUGGGAUUGAUCAACCAUUGCCCCGCCCAUUCACCGUCGAACAUCUCUGCGAGUUACCGGCCAAUCUAGCCAGAACUGAGCUAGUGGUCCGGCCAUGCGUGGCUUUAUUACACUCUUUUGAUCCACAAACCGGGGAGAAUGCGGAUCCCGAAGUUUCGCUGAUUCCAAAGCUGGAUGCUCGGGAGGUCGCUGCUGUUUUUACAGCGCCAUUUCAUAAUUUCUUAUCGACGCGUGAUGAGGAAAAUGGUUUGAAUGCAGUGUCCUCUGAGGAACCCUCAAAAUGGUAUCGUGGUUCCUGGAGGACGUGGCAUAAUUCUGACUGGCGGAUGCACCAAUUCUUUGUUCGCGCCAAUAAUCCUCCCAUCCAUCCUUCUCCCCAAAAUGAAAAGCAGAAAAAGGCAGUGGAGCAGCUUGUGGAACAAGAAGAGAGUGGACAAGUCCAACGGUAUCGGGUAUUCGGCAUGACAGCACGCAUGAUUGUAGAUGCAGCGCGAGUCGCAUACCAGCAGGAACCGGAGUUUGAACAUAAUAGCCACUUUGGCGACGAGGCUAUGAUCACUAACCUGAGGCGUUUAGGCCGAUUAAGUGCUGUGAGGCGUGCCUCAGAUCAAUUGACUCGGGAGACUAUGGAAAAGGCAGCCAAACUUAGUUAG